AUGGCAAGAAUUAGAGGCAGAGCAGGGUACAAACCACGCCCCUGUAACAAAACAGAGGUUUUGCAGUGGCUUAAAACCCUCCCUUUAGCCCCUGAAUUUCGUCCGACCCUCGAAGAAUUUGAGGACCCAAUUGCUUAUAUUCAUAAAAUUGAGAAAGAAGCUUGUGUGUAUGGUAUAUGUAAAAUUAUACCCCCUGUCUCAUUGCCCUUGAUGAAAAGUACUUUUUUUCAACUUAAUAAGUCUUUGGUGGCUUGUUCUGCCUCCCGGGAAGGCGAAUUAAGGCCUACGUUCACUACCCGGGUGCAGCAAGUUGGUUCUUGCCCAGGAAAAGGGUACCCUGUGAUUAAGUCUGUGAGGGAGAGUGGGAGGAGUUACACUGUUGAGGAAUUUAAAGCAAAGGCCAAGUCUUUGGAGAGGAAUUAUUUUAAGAAAAGUUCGAUAGAUAAAGGGGCUUUAAGUCCUUUGGAAAUUGAGACACUUUAUUGGAAUGCUAAUGCUGAGAAACCCUUUGAGGUUGAGUAUGCGAAUGACAUGCACAUAUCGGCUUUUGUGGAGUUGGAAAAGCGGAGGGGAGGAGAUGGAUUGAGUGAUGAUUUGAAUGUGGGAGAUACGGAUUGGAAUUUGAGGGGUGCGGCCAGGUCUAGAAGGUGUUUGCUGAAGUUUGUGAAGGAUGAUAUCCCUGGGGUUACAUCCCCAAUGGUGUAUAUAGGAAUGUUAUUUAGCUGGUUUGCGUGGCACGUGGAGGAUCAUGACCUGCACAGCCUCAAUUAUAUGCACGCCGGUGAUAGGAAGACCUGGUAUGGAGUGCCUCAGCAUGCAGCAGCCGCUUUUGAGGAUGUGAUCCGUAAUCACGGAUAUAACGGAGAGAUGGAUCCUAUCUUGAGUUAUGCUACUCUUGGUCAAAAGACUACCGUCCUGUCUCCGGAAGUUAUUGUAAAUGCAGGCAUACCAUGUUGCAGGCUGGUACAAAAUCCAGGAGAAUUCGUAGUCACUUUUCCAAGGGCUUACCACUCAGGAUUCAGUCAUGGAUUCAACUGUGCGGAAGCUUCAAAUAUUGCAACUCCUGAAUGGUUGCGGUUUGCAAGAGAAGCUGAAAUGCGCAGGGCUGCUAUAAACUCUUCUCCAUUAAUUUCCCACAUCCAAUUGCUUUAUGAUCUUGCGCUGUCAUUCUCUUCAAGAGGACCAGCGAGCAUGGAAACAAGAAGUUCUGGAUUAGAAGAGAAGAAGAAAGGUGAAGGGGAAAGGCUGGUGAAGGAGCUCUUUCUGCAAGAUGUGAAGCAUGAUAUCAGCCUGCUUCACAGUCUUGGGAAAGGAUCUGCAGCUAUCCUUUUUCCCCGUGAUUUUAUCGUUGGAAAUUUUCCUGAAUUGCGUGAUGGACUUUUCCCAUGUUUAGCUUGUGGGGUUUUAUGUUUUGCUUGUGCUGCAAUCAUAAAACCUGGUAAAGUAGAUGUUCACAAUCUCAUGCUAGCUGAUUUUGGCAAUAUUGGAGGUAGUGGUGUUGCUUCUGACAUUGCUGCUAGUAAUUGGUGGUUUCGUUCUGCCGGAUCUGCCAAGAAUGCUGUGCUGGAUUCUGGUUUAGGGCUGAUGGGAGCUUCCUGUAGUAGUAGACCACCCAAGGAUAUAUCCUCACUUGCUCUUAUAGCUAUGAAUUAUGAGGAUGCUUCCGACUCUGAAACUGAAGCGAGAGAGUUUUCCCCAGUAUCCGACCUUGCUCAGGAGUCCUUUCCAUCACAUGUCUUCUGUCUUCAGCAUGCUUUUGAAGUUAAACAGAAACUGGAUGCGCUUGGGGGCAUGCACAUGUUACUCCUUUGUCAUCCAGAUUAUCCCAAGUUUCUGGCUGAAGCAAAACUAGUGGCUGAUGAACUGGGAGCAGAACAAAUUUCGAGCGAUAUUUCCUUCAGGACUGCCACUGAAGAAGACAAGGAAAGAAUCAAAUCAGCUGUAGAUAGUGAAGGGUCCAAUCUUUCUUUCAGUGCCAACCCAAGUCCAAAAUUAAAGAGAAAGGGUAUGGAUGAUCUUGAGCCAGCCCAAAGAAGCAAGUUUCCAAGAGUUGAAGAGUCAACCAAGGCGACAGACCAGGAACAGGUUAGAGUAUCCGAAAAUUUACCUAAGCCACCAGAACCUGAUGUAGUGCCUGGCAAUUUAUCAAGAACUGAUUUGGCCUCUGGGAGUAGAAAAGACAAAUGUAUUAUACAAUACAAGAGGACUUACAAAAAUAAGUCCAAGGUAAAGCCAAUCCAGGAGGAGACUCCCCAUGACCAGGGCACUGAUAAUUUGGAAGGUGGGCCGAGCACUAGACUCAGGCCAAGAAAGUUAAAUCAGCCUCCAAAGGACCCGAAACAUGUUACACACAAAGUUGUAGCAAAAGAUGAACUGAAGACAUCCAGUAACAGAGGAAAAUCGGCUUUUGGAAUUCAAGCAUCAGCUGGUAGCAGCUCCAAAAAAGCAGAGGCAAAGUAUUCAUGUGAAGUAUGCAUGAUGAACUUUGGCUCCAAAAAAGAGCUGGGGCUCCAUGAAAAAAAUAUCUGCUCGGUCAAGGGGUGCGGAAAGAAGUUUGCGUCGCACAAAUAUCUGAUCCACCAUCAGAAGGUGCAUCGUGAGGACCGCCCCCUACAAUGCACUUGGGAAGGCUGCACCAAGACGUUUAAAUGGGCUUGGGCUCGGACGGAACAUAUCAGAGUUCAUACAGGUGACCGUCCAUAUACCUGUGCUGAGACUGGCUGUGGCAAAACAUUUCGCUUUGUGUCAGAUUUCAGUCGCCACAGGAGGAAGACCGGACACUCAGGAGAUGGUGAUGAGUUUGGGAGUAAGUUGUGUGAGAAUGAGAAUCAAGUCGGUGAUCGUGAUUGGAAAGGUUUUAUUAAUGAUGAGGCGAAAUUCGAAGAGAGAAAAAGCGAAAAUUUAGGCGGUGUGGAAGGAAAUGAAGGUCAUUAUAAGGAAAUGAAGGGAGGGGGUGAGGGUAAGGACGGGAGUAAGUGGAGUGAGAUUGAGAAUGAAGGCGGUGAUCGUGAAUUGGAGGGUAUUAAAAAUGAGGCGGAAAUCAAAGAGAGAAACUCUGAAAAGCGUAGUGUGGUGGAAGGAAAUGUAGGAGACACUAAGGAGAUGAAUGAAGGGGAGGAUAAGGAGGGGAGUAAGUGGAGUGAGAUUGAGAAUGAAGAUGGUGAUCUUGAUUUGGAGGGUAUCAAAGAUGAGGCGGAAAUUGAAGAGAGAAACCUUAAAAAGAUGGAAAAGAAGGGUAUUGAAGAUGAAAUGGCAAUCGAAGAGAGAGACCCUGACAAUCGUAGUGUUGUGGAAGGAAAUGAGAUUGGGAGUAAUUGGAUUGAGAUUGGGAAUAAAGGUGGCGAUUCUGAUUUGAAGGGAAAAGAGGUCAUUGAGGAAUAUGAAGAUGGUUGGGGUGUUGGGAUGAUAUCAUUGAGGACUAUGAAGAUGGUUGGGGUGAGAAUUGGGAUGAUGGUGCUGAAUCCUGAAAAAGAUUCAGGGAGCUCAAAUGAUGAAAACUUUGGAAGGCGCCAUUAUCCUUUGAGGCCUGAUGUGGAAGCUUGUUCGUUAGAACUGGGACUUGCAGGCUGUUAG